AUGGAGAACGUAGCUGCGCAAUUAAAGCGUGGGAUUUCGAGACAAUUCUCGACAGGAUCAAUGAGAAGAACACUAAGCAGACAAUUCACACGACAAUCAUCUCUUGACCCUCGUCGUAACAACAUGAGAUUCAGUUUCGGUCGUCAAUCUUCGCUCGAUCCGAUUAGAAGAAGCCCUGAAUCGCUUAGCUGCGAGCCGCAUAUGACUGUGCCUGAGAAUCUCGAUUCGACGAUGCAGCUUCUUUUUAUGGCGAGUAAAGGUGAUGUUAAUGGCGUCGAGGAGCUGCUUAACGAAGGAAUUGAUGUGAAUAGUAUUGAUCUUGAUGGUCGUACGGCUCUUCACAUUGCAUCGUGUGAAGGUCAUUAUGAAGUUGUUAAGGUUCUUCUUAGCAGGAGAGCUAACAUUGAUGCUCGUGAUCGUUGGGGUAGUACGGCUGCUGUUGAUGCGAAGUAUUAUGGGAAUGUUGAAGUUUAUAAUCUCUUGAAAGCUCGAGGAGCUAAAGCUCCGAAAACAAGAAAGACUCCAAUGACGGUAGGGAAUCCGAAAGAAGUUCCUGAGUAUGAGCUUAAUCCACUCGAGCUUCAAGUCCGAAAAGUUGAUGGCAUCUCAAAGGGAUCUUAUCAAGUUGCUAAAUGGAAUGGCACUCGAGUCUCGGUCAAAAUAUUCGAUAAAGAUAGUUAUUCAGAUCCCGAACGCGUACAUGCUUUCACACAGGAAUUGACUUUGCUAGCAAAAGCUCGGCAUCCGAAUAUUGUUCAAUUUGUUGGAGCUGUUACUCAAAAUCUACCUAUGAUGAUUGUAGUUGAGUAUAAUCCAAAAGGUGAUCUAAGUGGCUAUCUUCAAAAGAAAGGUCGUCUUUCGCCUUCAAAAGCUCUGAGAUUUGCUCUUGAUAUUGCCAGAGGCAUGAACUAUCUUCAUGAAUGUAAACCAGAUCCGAUCAUCCACUGCGAUUUAAAGCCAAAAAAUAUUUUGCUGGAUAGAGGUGGACAAUUAAAGAUCUCUGGAUUUGGUUUGAUAAAGUUGUCGAAGAUUUCUGAAAAUAAUGCAAAAAUAGUGAACCACGAAGCUCAUGUCGAUAAAUCAAAUUACUAUGUAGCACCUGAAAUUUACAAAGACGAAAUCUUCGAUAAAAGGGUCGAUGUGCAUUCGUUUGGUGUCAUUUUGUAUGAGUUGACCGAGGGAGUAUCUGUAUUACAUCCUAAACCGCAUGAAGAGGUUGCAGAAUCUAUAUGCCUAGAAGGAAAGAGACCAAUAAUCAAGACGAAAUCGAAGAGUUACCCUCCGGAAUUGAAAGAGUUGAUUGAAGAAUGUUGGCAUCCAGAAAUCGGUAUGAGGCCGAUAUUCUCUGAGAUUAUUAUUCGACUCGACAAAAUAGUUGCAAACUGUUCUAAGCAGGGAUGGUGGAAAGACACAUUUAAGUUUCCCUGGAAAUAA